AUGAGUCGCGAGUUACGAAAAUCUCGUGCAGUUAAAAUAGCUAUUGCUCUAAUUUUGCUAUCGCUUUAUAUCACUCUGCUACAUCUACAUCUACCUGGUCGGAGAGAAAUCCUAGAAAGUCCUGCGGAAGUUGUUUUGAACAUCAGUGUGAACGUUUCCAUAUUCGACAACUGUCCACUAAUAGUAUUCGAUCAUCUUGAUCCGCAGUUACUACGAUUUCACAAUCCGGAUUAUAAUCCUAAAACUGGAUGUACACCAUAUGAACCUUUGACGGUCCUCGAAGAGGGAUUACUGAGAACUACAGAAAAAGCGGAAGGAUACGAAUGCUCUGCAAGUUGCGACAUUCUUUCGAGAAAUCUCUCAAUACCUCGGAUUCCAAGUCGCCUCUCUUACCGAAUAUUGAGCCAGCAGUAUAGGUGUCUUUACAAUGAUCACGAUAGCAAGUACAAUGCUGAUCCCUGGAUCAACCUCCCAUCGAACGAAACGUUCAGGUGUGACAUUAUCGAAUCGCAGUGCAGCAAUGGCAAUUUAUUCUCCAAUAACGAGUCAUACCUUCAUACGCAGAUUUAUGAGACUGGCUCCCAGAAAUUACAAGAUGAUGAGAGACCGCACGUCUAUAUUUUGCUUCUUGAUUCUGUAUCGUCAUUCAUGGCGAAGCGUUCGUUACCAAAAACGCUCCAAUAUUUGAAGACUGAGCUCGACGCCGUUCAGAUGGAAUUUUUGAAUAAGGUGGCACACAACAGUCGUCCAAACGCGUUCCCACUGUUUCUUGGUAAAACUAUAGAGGGUGGGAGUCGUGCAUUGGUAGGGCUUCCUCCCAUCAAGGUAGACUUGGACGACUAUGGAAAUUGCAACAAGUAUUUAGAUAAGUAUUCAUACGAAUUGGAAGAGUAUCGUCUUAGUGGCUACAAGACUAUGGUGGCACAAGAUUGGGACGUUGGUUUUCUCUAUUACCCGAAUUGUUCGGGACUCAACAGAUCUGAAGCGGAUCACAUGUGGAGGCCUUUUGACAAACGGAUGGAAGAGUCGUCAACUCUCAAAAAAAUUCGCGACGACCAUUGCAGUGAACCACAUGUGGAAAUGUUAGACUACUUUGAGAAAUUCAUGCAUUCCUAUCCAGGAGUGCCGAAAAUAUGUCAUGUUUGGUGUGUGUACCUGGCACAUGAUACGAUGAAGGACAUAUACCAUACCGAUGAGCAGUUCCUUGAACUUCUUCAAGAGGAACACUGA